GCAAAAUCUGUCAGAGAGGUUGAGGGGCCAAUAACCUCUGGCUGCAGAAUCACUGCAAUCUGGCCCGUGUUUGCUGAUGAUAAUGCGCCUUUCCAAAGCCCUGAUAGACAUGGAGAUGGCAGAUUAUAGUGCAGCUUUAGACCCAGCAUACACCACCCUGGAGUUUGAGAACAUGCAAGUCCUGGCCAUAGGCAACGACACCUCGCCUUCGGAAGCUACGAACCUCAAUGCCUCCAACAGCAUCGGAGCCAGCGUGUUGUGUGCCAUCUGUGGUGAUCGUGCUACAGGGAAACACUAUGGAGCUUCCAGCUGCGACGGAUGCAAAGGGUUUUUCAGGAGAAGCGUCAGAAAGAACCACAUGUAUUCCUGCAGGUUUAACAGGCAGUGUGUUGUAGAUAAGGACAAAAGAAACCAGUGUCGAUACUGCAGGCUAAAGAAAUGCUUUCGAGCAGGAAUGAAGAAAGAAGCUGUACAGAACGAACGUGAUCGAAUCAGUACUCGGAGAUCCAGCUACGAAGACAGCAGCUUGCCUUCCAUUAACGUUUUACUGCAAGCAGAAGUACUUUCACAGCAGAUAUCAUCGCCAAUUUCUGUGAUCAGCGGAGAUAUCAGGGGGAAAAAGAUCGCAAAUAUCGCAGACGUGUGCGAGUCCAUGAAGCAGCAGUUGUUGGUGUUAGUGGAGUGGGCCAAGUACAUCCCAGCCUUCUGUGAGCUUCCUCUGGACGAUCAGGUGGCUUUGCUACGGGCACAUGCAGGGGAGCACCUGUUACUGGGAGCUGCCAAACGGUCAAUGGUGUUCAAAGACAUCCUACUACUAGGAAAUGACCACAUAAUUCCCCGUAACUGCCCAGAGCUACUAGAAAUUAGUCGCGUGGCCGUGCGAAUCCUGGAUGAGCUCGUGUUGACGUUCCAAGAACUGCAGAUUGAUGAUAAUGAAUAUGCUUGUUUGAAAGCCAUCAUCUUCUUUGAUCCAGAUGCCAAAGGCCUGAGCGACCCCAUCAAGAUCAAACGAAUGCGGUACCAAGUCCAGGUCAGCCUGGAGGACUACAUCAACGACCGGCAAUACGAUUCACGAGGACGCUUUGGGGAGCUGCUGCUGCUCCUGCCCACCCUCCAGAGCAUCACCUGGCAGAUGAUCGAGCAGAUUCAGUUCGUCAAACUCUUCGGCAUGGCCAAGAUUGACAACCUGCUGCAGGAGAUGCUGCUGGGAGGAUCGUCGAGCGACACACCUCAUGCUCACCACCAUGCUCUGCACCCUCACCUUAUCCAGGAGAAUCUGGGGACGAACGUCAUAGUGGCCAACACAAUGCCUGCUCAGAUCCACAACGGGCAGCUGUCCACUCCUGAAACUCCCCAGCCUUCCCCACCAGCUGGCUCAGGAGCUGAACAAUACAAACUGCUUCCCGGGGCCAUUGUGACCGUAGCCAAACAGCCCAGUUCAAUCCCUCAACCUACCAUCACAAAGCAAGAGGUUAUCUAGCAUCCGGCUGAACGAGUCCACCUGAUGUCGUGAAGAACAUUGAUGGGGGAGAAGAGACCUCUCUCGUUCUCAUCUUGAUCACUCUGGAGGUAGAAUGUUCACAGGGAUAUCCCGGGGUGCAAACGUCUGUUAUUUCGACACUGCAUGGGGGGGGGAAAGCCAUCUUCACAUGCAGUUGUGGAGAACAACUGCACCCAAGCAUUGCAGAACUUACGAACUAGCCUCAAUGGCGGCCUUCUCCUUCAUCUGUAGAGCCAGAUCCCAACCUUCAGAUCUGCUGGUGACUAUUUUAGAAAUUGCACUGACUUACCUGUUUCUUCACUGCCACUGAGUUACUCAUUAUGUUUGUUUUUACUUCUCUACGAAUCUAACUUUUUAAAAAGGCAUCUGAAUGAAAGGGAGGGGGAGAUUCCUUGGCUGGAGCAUCUCUAAAUAGCCCCAAGUCCUCCUGUGACGUUAUGGAGUUCAUACAUUCUCAGAUGGGCACGGCACCUACAGAAGAAAAUGCAGAGACUUUGACCUGGCCGCUGCUGCAGCACAGCCUCUUUGCUGCCUCCUCCAUAGCUCCACUGCCUAGGCCAGGCCUAGAUGCUUCCAUUGAUCCUCAGCAAUAAACAAAAUUCAGUGGCAAAAACGUGUUCUCAUAAGGUAUAGUUAUCAUACGGCGAUACUUUGUCCAUCUGGUGAUUGGUGAUUUCCUUGAGGAAGUAGCAGUAUAUCUGAACAAAGAAUUGCCUUGCUGGAUCAGAACAAGGUCCCUCUAGUCCAGCAUUCCCUCCUUCCAAAAGUGGCCAGAAGAUGCUUUGGGGAAGCCCACAAGCAGCGUGUGACAGCAAUGGCCUUGUCUUCUGACUGCCCUUAGCAACUGGCAGUCAGCUACACUGUAUCUGCACAUCAAGGUCCCAUGACUCAUAGCCAUUGGUAGACUUAGCCUUCAUUAAUUUGUCUUAUUGUUGAGACCUUAAGAUUUGGCUUGCUGAUACACAGCAAGGUCCGUCUGUUUGGCAGGGAUGCCUCUGUGCUGAGCUGCUCUGCUUAAGUUGCUUCUGGUGCUCUCCUUCUCCUUUUCCAUCCAAGGAAGACUGGUUUGGUUCCAUGGGAUUUAAUGAUGGUGGAAGUAGGUGCUUCUGUGAACGUCCGAAUCAAGUGCCCCGCUGCCAGCUCCACCCAUUUCUUACCCCUAUACGUAAUGAUCCCAGGUGCUAUUAUAUUGGGAAUUAUGGAGAACAAAUG